AUGAAGAUUAAAAAAUCCGACAAUAAGCCGGAAAAGGAAGCGCCUAGAAACAUCAACAAUAACAUCGAAACAAAAAGUGAAAUACCUAGAAACGAUAAGAACAUCAACCUAUUAUUCCUUAUUUGCAUAAUCGGUGUUUCUUUAGGCAUAGCUUUAGAAAUCAUCAACGUACAGAACAGACAACAGACCAAAGAUAAGUUAAAAAUCAGAAACUAUUGGGUAUAUUCUGCCCACAAUGAUGUAGACAAUAAGAACGGCCUACUUAAACAUGUGCAUUUGGUCCUGGAAAGACUGGACUACACGAAGACAAGCAAUGACAGCGAUUGGUCAUUGCUCUGGUCGCAUGAUUACCCAUUUCGCGUAUUAAACAAAGCUGUUACCAAUUUAAAACCCACGCAAAAAGUUAACCACUUCCCUGGCACUGGAUUUAUAACGAACAAAGUGCAUCUGGCCACAUCAACUUCGAGAUAUAUACCGAAAGCGUUCGAGUUGCCGAAAAAUAAAAAGGAAUUUUUAAGAUAUGCCAAAGAGAAUAGAGAAGCGUUGUUUUUGGAAAAGCACAAUCAGCACAGAGGUGUUUACUUGAAGAACGUGAGCGAAAUCGAUUUGAAUAGCGGCGAAAGUUUCGUACAAGAGUACAUGGCGAAACCGUUUCUUGUUGAUGGACAUAAGUUCGAUAUUGGCGUGUAUGUUGCGCUGACGUCGGUGGAUCCUCUGAGAGUCUACUGGUAUAAAGGUGAUGUUCUAUUUAGAUAUUGCCCAUCGAAGUAUCACCCUUUUGACCCAAAAAACUUGGACAAAUAUGUGAUUAGUGAUGACUAUCUUCCAACGUGGGAAGUACCUUCAUUGGCACAUCCAUACACAGCACUGGGCUUCGGUAUGAAGGGUGCUUUUGACCACUAUGCGCAAUCAAAGGGUCUGAAUACGGAAAGCAUGUGGGAGGAAAUACAGAAAGCUAUUACAGAAGUUUUUAUCAAAAAUGAAAAUCACAUUAUUGAGGCUUUAAAGAGGUACAAGUCAAGUGACAACUUCUUCGAAAUGAUGCGUUUCGACUUUAUAGUAGACGAACAGUUAAAAGUCUACCUCCUGGAAGCCAAUAUGUCACCAAACCUUAGCUCAGCCCAUUUUCCACCAAAUCAGAUGCUCUACGAACAAAUUUUGUACAAUUUGUUCUCGUUGACUGGUGUAGCUAGUAGCAUUAGAGAUAUAAGCAACAAUACAGUACAAAAUAUGUUAUCGUCUCAAAAAAAUAUUGCGGUUUAUAGCAAACAAUGCAGCACCGUUUGCAAGGAAACCUGCGAAGCGAUAUCUGUUUGCGCGUUAUGUAAACCGUGUCUUACGCCGCAACUAAAAAAGGCGCUUUUAAAAGCACACAUGGAAAAUUUACAUAAAGGAGAUUUCCGAAGAUUAUUUCCUCCGACGAUGCAACAAAAUAAAGACAUUCAAAUGGUAGAAGAAGAAACAAAACAUUUAAACCAAAAAAAACAGGAUGCAAUACUUAUGGUACCAAGGAAAGUGUAA